ACCUUUCAGCACAGGUGGCAGCACCAUCGUCCAGCUGUGCAAUUCAAAAUCGCGGGAGAACCCGCCGCGAAUUUUACGUUUUAAAACUCAAUUUUCAUCAGGUUUUCGCAAUGGUUGAAGGAAAAAAAACGCAGGGAAACCUUCCUUGGGUUGAAAAGUACCGUCCCAGCACUCUCGACAGUCUCAUUUCGCACGAAGACAUCAUCAAAACGAUCAACCGAUUCAUCAAAGAAGACCAGCUGCCGCACCUGUUGUUUUACGGGCCGCCGGGCACAGGCAAGACCAGCACCAUUCUGGCGUGCGCCCGCCAACGGUACUCGCCGGCCCAGUUUUCCUCGAUGGUGCUCGAGCUGAACGCGUCCGACGACCGAGGCAUCGGCAUCGUCCGUGGCCAGAUUCUCAGUUUCGCCAGCACCAAAACCAUCUUCAACAAAGGCCACAAACUGAUCAUCCUGGAUGAGGCCGACGCCAUGACCAACGACGCCCAGAACGCGCUCCGCAGAAUCAUUGAAAAGUUCACUGACAACGUGAGGUUCUGCAUCAUCUGCAACUACCUGAACCAAAUUAUUCCCGCCCUGCAGUCGCGGUGCACCCGAUUCAGGUUCGGCCCCCUCACCACCGACCAAAUGCUGCCGAGGCUUGAGCACGUCAUCGAGCAGGAAAAGUUGGCCGUCACUGACGAUGGCAAGAAGGCCCUCUUGACUCUGGCCAACGGCGACAUGAGAAAGGUGCUCAACAUCCUGCAGAGCACCUCGAUGGCCUACCCUGAGGUCAAUGAAGACUCGGUCUAUUCGUGCGUCGGCCAACCCCUGCGCUCGGACAUUGCGAACAUUGUCAAGUGGCUGCUCAACGAGCAAUUUAGAGUCGCCUACAAAAACAUUCAAGAACUGAAGGUGAACAAAGGCUUGGCCCUGGGUGACAUUUUGACCGAGGUGCAUCUUUAUGUCCAUCGAAUCGAACUUCCUGCCAAGAUCAGAAUUCAAGUGCUGAUCAAACUGGCGAGCAUCGAGGAGCGCCUGGCGCUGGGCACUGAAGAAAGCGUCCAGCUCAGUUCGCUCGUGGCUGCUUUCCAAAUCGCAAGGCAAAUCGGCAUGGAAUCGUGAUUGUAUAGAAUGCAAUAUGUACAUAAAAAUGGAAAGAACAAGAAGAAUUGGUUGAUUACCUCAUCCGUCAGUCUCGUGGAAACGUGAGAGUGUCUACUUUGCUAUUGUUUGUGUCAUUACCCGCGAGUGGUGAGGGGGUGGAAGUGAGGGUGAUUUGUCCUUGGGUGCCAACUUCAUGCGUUUUUUCUUCUUUAUCCAACUAGAUAAGUGUAUCAUGAGUGUUUGCUGAUUUUCGUUAGUCCACAAUGACUAUUUACAACUCCAGAAUAAAUUACUUUUGAAGCAAAA